UCUCUUAAAGUCGGUUCAGAAAGAGGGAGAUCAGCAGAGCUGAGAGUGAGAGGCACUGAGGAGGGAACACACACACUUUUACUGACUCUCAGACACACACUCACACAGACAAAGACAAGUGGCCUAUUGUUCACACACAAACACAGUUGCCGAUCAUUGUAACACACACACACAUACACACACACACACACACACACACACACUUUGUUGGAGUCUGGACUGACCUCUCGAGGAUAGAUCCCUCAGGACUCCCAUCAUGCACCAGCGGACCCUCUCGGAGAUGCAGGGGUUCUCCACCCAGCGACGGGCCUCCACCCGAAGGACUGCUGAGGAUGGAGCCUCUUGGAGCUCCAGGCUGAGGAGAGGGGAUCGGUGCCAGUGUCUCUGCCCACCCAGGGGAGCUUGUCUCUGGGCAUGGCUCCUGCUAGGGGUCCUCGCGGUUCCUGGAGCGUGGAGCUUUCUGAGCGAGGAGCAGGAGGAGCUGCUGGUGGAGCUUCAUAACCACUACAGAGGACAGGUCUCACCCAGCGCCUCAGCCAUGCUGCCUUUGCGGUGGGACCCGAGCCUGAAGCUGAUUGCAGAGGGAUACGCUGCUAAAUGUAUCUGGAACCACAACCCAGAACUGGAGGACACUGGAGAGAACCUGUUUGCCGGCAGUGGGCCUCUGGACCUCCCAGAAGCUCUGGAGAAAUGGUUUCUGGAACACCUGGACUAUGACUUCCAAAACAACAGCUGUGAUGAAGACAAGAUGUGUGGACACUAUACACAGAUGGUGUGGGCAGACACACACAGAGUCGGCUGUGCCUUCCAUCUCUGUAACAACAUGGAAGGACUGGACUGGGAGAGAGUCUCCUUCCUCGUCUGCAACUACUACCCAGCAGGGAACUACGAGGGCGAGAGGCCAUAUCUUGAAGGCGACUGGUGCUCCAGAUGCCCUGAGAACCUGCAGAACUGUGAAAACAACCUCUGUGUUGCUGAAACAGUGGACGAGGUGGACGACGAAGAGGAGGGAACAGCUGUUCCUCCUCCAGCUACAUCCGAUUCCUUCCUCAAGCCUGCGGAGGAGGAAGAGGAGCUUGUUCCUCCUCCUGCAACAACUGACCCUUACAUCCAGGCUGCCGCCACCACCACCACCACUCUCAGUACUCCCAGCAUGACCACUGCAGUACAGGACCCUGAGGACACCCAACCACCGGCCACCUCUAUCCCAGGCACCCUGCCUCCGGAAGAAGAAAAGGUGGAGGAGGAAGAGGAGCAAAAGGAGGAGAAGAGAAAUGAUUCUACAGUUAAGAUGGAGAGCGAGAGAGACGUGGGAAGAAUAUUCCAGAAGAACAAUGUUAUUCUUAAUGCCAGCUCAGUAUAUUCACCCUGUUUCCUGUUAGUCUGUCUGACUGGGAUCCUGACUGCGAGGCUGUGAGGAGGAGGAGGAGGAGGAGGAGGAGGAGGACAGGGUCACCUGACCACUCCUGCACUGACUGAACAUUACCUUGUUAAUCUGCCCUGUGCUCUCUCCCCCUGCACAGUCAUCUGGGUCAACUCAUAAUUCACACUCAUCACUUCCACAACAUGUGCAUGCAGUCCGGGCUGAGAUCUGGGCCACGCAGUGUGUGAAUAACCCGCUUCAACCUGCUCGGAAUACAAAAAUAUUACAGCGAGUAAGUACAAGUACUAAACAUGUUGUGUUCAGCCUUGCAGCAUCAGUUUACAGGGCUUUUUUAACUGCUAAGUGAAACCUGAGACAGAGCUGAAGGCUUUAAAUGAGUGGCAUGUUCAGGUGGACAAGCUGGAUCUUCUUACUUUGAAACGUAAGCACACUGAAGCUUACUGCAAUGUGGGCGCAGGUUGAAGUGCGGAAACCACAUUCAGGUUGUGAAGUUUUUCAUUUUGUGAGCUCUGUAAACACAGUCACAGGGCUGCAGAUCACCUCUGUGGGUUUGGUCAUUUGUAUGUGCAGGAUGACGGUGGAACCGGAGCGAAGAUUUAAAUAUUUAGCACCAUCUCAUGUGGAGGAAAAGUAAAAGUGGCCAAUAUUCUCAUUGUGUUGGUGUUUUUGGUGUUUAGUAAAUGCAGGAGAACUGAUUGCUGAACAAACUGAGGACCCUGCUUCUUCUUCUUCAGUCUCUCACACAUAUAUAUCUACUGUAUAUCAUAUACUCUGUCAGACUGAAAGUGCAACUGGAUUGAGUCUAAUAACUUACAUAUCUUUGUUUCACUGCCUUAGACAACAAGAAGUUAGCUAUCUGAGACGUAACUAUCUUCAAUUACUUUAGCAAAGUUGGCUGUAAAUGUCUGUAUAUAAGAUUAAUAAAGAAAUAAACCUAAUUUCUUCUUUUUCA